UGUUGAAGCAAUGAUGGCGGCAGCGGGAUGCGGAUCAGCAACCGCGGCUGCCGUAGGAGGCCAAGGUGGAACCGCUACGGCCAGAGGUCGUUUCCCCGGUCGGCCUUGGUCGUCCCGCAGUCGUUUGCGCUCCGAGAAGCGAUGGCAACUCGGACGAUCAGGCUUAGAAGCUGAUGAUGUGACUAACGGAGGGCCAAGGCCCGCAAACCUGGUCCUAUCGUUAAACGAAGACCAGUCUCACUUGCGCUUACUCGGGAUAGAGGCGAGCCACCAGACCCUUGGCCAGGCUGGAUACAGCUCUAGUGGGAGUGAAGAGGUGAGGUCCCAAACCGACCCAGGAGGAGAUGACUUCAGAGGAUUUGAAGCUGAGAGAAAAGGCUCCAAAGGUUCUGUAUGGUCACGACAAAACCCUUCCAAAGGUGAAGCUGUCAACACAAAAUCUAAACGACAAAUUGAGAAGCUACCGUUUAAAACGCCAGCAGUGGAUCCAGAUAUUACUCCACCUGAUCCUGUAAAGGAUGUAAAAUCUUUGGAGGAAACACAUGGCUUAUAUCCUGAAGCAGAGCCCGCAAAGGACAGCAGAAAAGGUUCAAAACGAAAAAACACUAUGGAUCGACAGUCCACCAAAAGCGGAGCCUCAUCAGCAGCACCAAGGAUUACCAUAAAGUUGGUGGCCAAAAAGAAAGUGAAAACUGUAAAGGAGCCUCAUAAAAAAUCUGCAAAGAAGUUGAAGGUAAAAGGAAUUCAGGAUCAGCCCAAAGCCAAGGACAUUCAGGGUGACCAGAUUUCCAGUGCUCAUGUCAAAUUAAAAACUGAACCUCAUGAGGAUAAACAUGGCACAGAAGAUAAGGGAGGGGGGGCUGCACCUGCAAGGAGGCGUGGGAGAUCUGCUUCAAAGACAACAGAGCCAGUUGGCCAGACUGGCGCCAAAAUUGUGGUUGAUGACCAAAAAUCAAAAGAGACAAAAUCAGCCGACAGACUUAACACUGUAAAAGAGAGCGAGACUGUGGAGCCGAAAACGAGUGCAAAGAAAUUAAAGCAUAAGGAAGUUGUAACAGAGCAAUGUUCUGAAGUUAAACAACAAGUCAUUCGUAGGAGCAAUAGAGUUACUAACCCACUCACUAAAAAAGUCUCAGGCAGUGCAGCUGAACCAGAAAGUCUGAGUAAAAGUGACGCCAAUCUGGUGACGUCAAAGCCAGAAGUUUCUCAAACGGUGGAGACCAAGCCAUCAGUGAGAAAGGACAGACGAAGGCAAAGCAGGAGGCUGAAUAAAGAUGCUACAGUGCCAGAGAACCAUGGUCCAUCACCCACAGAGACUGAUCAUUUAGCUGUGCAAUCCAAGGACAGUUUGCCUUUGAUAAAUGAGGAAAUGCGAGUCCCAAGUUUAAAGUUGAUAAAGAUCAGAAACCCAAAAUAUGAUGCACAGGCCAGUGGGAAGAACUCAACACGGAAGAAAAAACAUCGAAAAAAAUUUAUCUGGACUUUAACAUUAGUGAAAGGAGAAAGCCAGAAGCAGGGUGCUGAAAACACUGUCAAAGUAACAGAGAUGAAUGUGAGUGAAGCGGACCGGUCCACUUUGUGUGACACCAGUGCCAACAAGAAUUUAGAGGCAAUGGAUAAAACAUCUAAACCCGAUAACUCAGCCCCACAAGAGAGUAAAAGCUUGGACAAUAAUGAGAAGGGUUUCCAAAACACGGAUGACGUGUCAGUUGAGGACAAGUCCACGUCACAGGUAGAAGUUGAACAGGAACAAGAAAAUGAGACACCUCCUCAAGAAACGACAAAAACGGAUUGUGGCAAAGUUCCACCUCUUCAGAUCAAGAAGGUCUCCUCUCCUGGGAAACACAAAAGCUCAAAGCCGUCCUUUUUAAUUCAGCAAGUUAGUCCUCUGUCUGAAAAGAAAGAGGAUGUUUUGAAAGAGCUUAGUGAAGUUAAUGAGGAUAAAUCAUCAUGUGUGGAUACUGAAGUCACACCAACAAGGAGACUAAGGAGGAGGACAUUAAGCUGUGAUUCCCCACAACCAAAAUCUGUUGGUCAUAAGCCUGUAACCACUCCGAAACGGAGGCUUAGAACGAGUCCACAGGAUGAAGAUACGCCGCAGGUGCACGUUGAAGAGUCUGUUCAGGUUUCAACUGAAGAUUCCCACUCACAUGGUCUUCCUGAAAAUCCCAUUCAGGAUUUGGCUGAGGAGCCCUCACAAGUGACCAGUGUAAUCUCCACUGAAGUUUCUGUUGAGGAUUCCUCAAAAAUUGCUGACGACCCCUCAACGGUGCCAGUUGAAGUUUCUCCACAGAAGGUGGACAAUGAGGUAGAACCACAGAUUGAAGAGGUCCAACCGUUGCCUGUGCCUUCCAAACCUAAAAGAUGUAGAAAUAAUAAGCUCGGGAAAAAGAGGUCUGUUCAGAGGAAGAAGGCUGGUGUCGCUCCAGAAACUGCUGUCAUCACAGAGUUGGCUACAGUCAACACAGAGUUGGCUACAGUCAACACAGAGUUGGCUACAGUCAACACAGAGUUGGCUAUGGUUGAAGCUACAAUUGCAGAUGUGCUAAAGGAAAAUACGCAGCCUUUAGUAACAGAAGUCGGUCAAUCAGAAACAAAAGAUUGCACCCUGCCUGAGGCAAAGCAGGACAAUGUGUCAGUGGAACAGGAGCUGAUACAGCCACCGGUAAAAGAGGAAGCUGAAAUUCAGUUAAUAGAUAGUCAACCUCCUUUGGUAGAAGAAAAUCAAGCAAGCGAUCCAAAACCAUUGUGCCUACAAAAGAAAUCCCUCAAGAAAGUAAAAAAGAGGCGUAAAAGUUUGAUUGGGCAGCGUCAGAAACACAGGCACAGGGGCAGAGAUGGGAAGUUUGCUCCACUUAAAUCAUCCGAAAGUCAGAAAAUUGUUGAGGAAGAAAGUGACAUUUCCACCCCAUUGGCAGCUAUUACACCAACCCCAAAACUUAUUGGAGUACAAAAAAAGUGCAAAAAAAGACCUCCAGGCUUGCAUUUUAUUGGGUCGAAAAGGCCAAAACCACAGUCUAAAAUAAUUUCUAAGCUGAUGGAAAUAGGGCUUGACAGUGAUAGUUUGAAGCAGGAAGAAACAGACACAUUAGUGGAUGGGGGACGAGCAGAUGUUGUAGAUGCCCAGCCCGGUAAAUCAAAGUUUGUGAAAAACAUCAAGCACUUCAUUAUGCCUGUUGUAAGUGCCAGAUCCUCACGAGUGAUCAAGACCCCGCAAAGGUUUAUGGAUGAUGUUGGAAUGUCGGUAUUGCCUCGAAGAAACUCACCAAAGAAGGGUUUACAAAUGGGCUUGCAAAUGCGCCCUGGAAAGAGGCGAGAUGAUGGGAUGGGCAGAGCAAUAUCCCCUAUCCUGCCGGUUGAUGAGGAGGAUAUAUUAAGUGAAGCUCAAUUGGAUGUUGAUCUGUUUUCAGCUCAGGACCUAAAUGAUGACAUUGAUAUAGCUGACAGCCUGUUUUGUGAGAAAAAAGGUGGCAAAAUUGAAAAGAAGAAAUCUGUUAAGAAUUCUGCUUUCAAGUGGCCGUUGCCAGAAGAGUCAAGCGAGGAAAUGUAUACACUGGACAAAACUUCAGAGGACAAAUAUGAGGAUCAGUUUUUAACUUCACCAGUUGAUAAGCCCACAGAAGUAUCUACUGACCUCCCAGAUGCCCAGAAAAAGAAAAGUUCCCCGAAGUUUAAUAAACAAGCAGCUCACCUCAAGAUUUAUCAAAGGUUAAAAAAGGCGCAGAUGGGACUUCCCAAAAGUAAAAACACAACAGAGACAGACUGUGUGAGCAAACCUCCUCAGCCUCCUGUCGAUUUAGCAGAAGGACUCGAUGAUGAGGCCAUGAGCAUCAGUCUCAGGCAACGGAAUACAAAUGCAGAGAAGAGCAAGUCCAAGCUCAAGAUAGAGGACCUUGAUUCUCCUGGAGUAGUGAGAAAAGUGUCUGUGUGUGUUCGAACUAUGAACUCCAAGUCCCAUACAUUUCAGCACGGGAAAGAAGAGGGUUUAACAGGGGAAGACACUGCCCAACUUCACUCAGGAGAGCUGCAGUCACAACAGAACUCAGGCACAGGUGAAAGCGAUUAUCCUGGAGCCGUGGAGAAGGGAGCUUCACAAAGAGCGCGCCUCACUGGUGCAAAUAAAAGAAUGUUCAAUCUCCUCAGGAAAGCCAAGGUCCAGCUCAUUAAGAUUGACCAGCAGAAACAGCUCAAGUCAUCUGGGCUGUUGUCUGGCUCGACUGGUGCCAGGUCCCGGGACAUGACCUCUAAGAGACAAAGGAGGAAGCAGAGGGUUAAGCUUGAUGCUGAAGUUCCAGUGAAGACAGAGCCACCUCAAGGACAACCGCAGCUCAUCUCUCCGCUGUGCCAGGAGUUUCGAAGAGCGGGAGGUCCACGUAUCAAGCAUGUGUGCCGUGCUGCAUCGGUGGUGUUGGGGCAGCCUCGAGCCUUGGUACCAGAUGACAUUCCCAGACUGAGCGCUUUGCCUCUGCAUGAGAGAACUGGCAUUUCCCCUUCAGCUAUCCCUAAAGACAUUGGGUCCCCUUCUGAAUCAGACAGUCCAGGGCUGUCAGAUCCAAAGGUCACCAAGGUCAAGAAGCCGACAAAUUUUGUGAAGCGGAAAGGACUAGGGCCGUUUGGGUAUCGUUCACGGAGGUGUGGAGUAUGCAAAGGCUGCAACCACGAGGACGACUGUGGCAGGUGCAUGAACUGCCUUGACAAACCAAAGUUCGGUGGUCCCAAUACCAAGCGGCAGUGUUGUGUUUAUAAGAGGUGUGAUCAAAUAGAGGAGAGAAAAGCACGCAGACUAAGCGGAAGAACAGCGCCCAAAGGUGCCUCCAAGCGACGGCGAUCCUCUCUCAGUGGGGGUCAUUCAAGUAAUGACGAAGGGAAUGAGGGUGCUGCAGACUCGCCAUCUGGUCUCCAGGGUGACAGUCAUAGUCCAACAGUAAGGAAGCAGCCAAAGCGCGUUGUGAAACCUCGCGUUUACUUUGACCUGGUGGACUACGACUCCGAUCUAGACGACAAAGCUUUUUCAAGCUCUGCCUCACCAGCCAGGAGAAGGGGCACUGGAUCCCGUUUCAGUCAAGACUUUGUGUCACUGGAUGGAUUUCUUGGAGACAUUUCAGAUGAAGAAGUCAGACAUCGAAAGUCCAGUUCACACCGUGUACCGCCCGUUCGACGUAAACCUGAGAAGGGUCUCUCAUCUCAGGGUCCUUUGGAGCAGACUCCUCCCAGUGUCCUGGCUGCCCUGGCCCAUGGGUUUGAGCAGAGAGAGGCUGAGUCUUCAAAACCUACUCACAAAAUCAGGGUUGACUUCAAGGAGGACUGUACUUUGGAAAACGUCUGGAAUAUGGGUGGUUUAAGUAUACUGACCUCUGCACCGCUCAUGCCACCCUAUGUCUGUUUUCUCUGUGCCAGUAAAGGGCAACAUGAGAUGCUGUAUUGCCAAGUAUGCUGUGAGCCCUUCCACCAGUUUUGCCUUGAAUUAGCAGACCGCCCCUCUGAGGAGAACAAGGAAAACUGGUGCUGUCGUCGCUGCAAGUUUUGCCACGUGUGCGGCAGGAAAAACAAGCACUCAAAGACAUUGUUGGAGUGUGAACGAUGUCAGAACUGUUAUCAUCCUUCCUGUCUGGGACCCAACUAUCCAAAGCAAAACAAGAAGAGGAAAGCUUGGGUUUGUAUGACAUGCAUCAGGUGUAAAAGUUGUGGCGUCACACCGGGAAAGAGUUGGGACACUGACUGGAACCAUGACAAAGGACUUUGUCCAGACUGUUCAAAACUCUAUGAGCUAGGUAACUACUGUCCAAUCUGCUUCAAGUGCUAUGAGGACAAUGACUAUGACAGUCAGAUGAUGCAGUGUGGCACAUGUAACCACUGGGUACAUGCCAAGUGUGAAGAUCUAACAGAUGAGCUAUAUGAGAUCCUGUCCAGCUUGCCAGAGAGUGUCGUGUAUUCAUGUCGGCCAUGCAGUGUGACCCAGCCCAGUGCUUGGAGAGAGCUGCUCUACAUAGAGCUCAGGGCUGGGGUGGAAAAGGUGCUGGCUUGCUUGCUCUCCUCCACCCUCACUCAGCACCUGGUUACCUGCUCACAGUGUGAAAAGCUGGUUGAUCCGGACAGUGGGAUUGAAGGACAGCCAGCCUGCGACCUCCGAGCUGUAGGCAAGAAGUUUGACAAAGGUCUUUAUACCACGCUGAAAAUGUUCCAUGAAGAUGUGGUUCAAGUGGUGCGAAAGAGGCUUGAGCAAGAGGAGGAUCUUCCAGAGGAGCAGCGACCCACUGCCUUGGCACGCUCUUACUACCUAAAGCUCCUUGAGGAGGUAUUUAACUGGUUCAACAGCCAAGACCCAAAGGUGUGGAACCCAUGUACCAAAGACUUGCCAAUGGGGAUGCUGUCCCAUGCUGUUCAUCCUCCAACAACAGAGCAUGUUUAUGCCCAGUGGCAGGAGAGGGAGAGGCUCUCUUCCAGGGCCCCACUGGGGCUCCUGCAGGAGGACAAUGGACAAAGCUUAGAAGUAAAGGAGGAAGAGGCAGUUUCUCCAUUGUCUGGGGAGCCAAUAAGCCGAAACCAUUUCAAAACCAGCAGGGCUGUCAGGCUCAAAUUCAAGGGGAAAAGGGGCCGCCUUUCAAAAGCUGAUUUAGACACCGGAUGGUCUAAGGAUGAUGAGAGACAGUGCUCUUUGUGCCAAAAAUAUGGAGACCUCAAGCCUAAUGAAGCUGGCAGGUUGCUGUACCUGGGCCAGAAUGAGUGGGCUCACGUCAACUGCUGUCUGUGGUCAGCUGAGGUGUUUGAAGAGGACAACGGCUCGCUACUACAUGUACACAGUGCUGUCACAAGGGGCCGCCUGAUGCGAUGUGAACGCUGCAACCAGACCGGUGCGACUGUAGGCUGCUGUCUGACAUCGUGUCAAAGCAACUAUCACUUCAUGUGCGCUCGCUCUCGUCACUGUGUGUUCCAGGACGAUAAGAAGGUCUACUGCUACAAACACCGACAUCUCAUCAGUGGCAGGAUGAUAACUGGUCAAGAAUUUGAAGUGAACCGCAGAGUAUAUGUGGACUUUGAGGGUAUCAGCCCCCGCAGAAAGUUCUUGACUGGUCUGGAACCAGAAUUAAUAAACUUGAUGAUUGGUUCCUUACAGAUUGACCAACUGGGUGUGCUGACAGAACUUUCAGCUAGCAAAGGAAAACUGUUUCCUGUGGGUUUUCAAUGUACUCGUUGGUACUGGAGCACAGUUAAUCCCAUGCGCCGGUGCAAAUACACAUGCACAGUGCGGGAGGUACGGCCCGUUGUCCUUGAGAAGCCUGUUGAGGAGAUGCCUGACCAGGGAGACAAUCACACCAUUGCUCACAGCCCCUGCCCACUACCUGAAUCUGAAGCCCAAGAGACUGAUAUAACAGAAUCCAUACCCCCAACGGAAGAAGCCUUUAUCCCAGGACCUACCCCCAAGUCAGACCACGGUGCAAGGCCAAAGAUUCCCAGGAGACCAGCUGGAGGACUGUCCCGACCUCUGCCAUCCCCAGGAGCCCUCCAGUUGAAACCCCACCACAUAUUGACCAUAAGUGAUCUGGAGGAUACUCGAAGGGUUCGUCGCCACAGCCCACACCCACAGACAACAGGCCUCCGCAAUCACAUGCCGCCCCCUCCUCUGGGCCCUCUGACAGGACCUAUCACCCUCCGUGCCGGAAAGUCUUCCCUUUCCCCUUCCCCACUCUUUCCACUUGGUGCUUCAGACAACUUGAUAAAUUCUCCAUCACCCCGCUCAGUCGGAGGUAGAAGUGCUUCCUCAGCCCGGUGUCCUGGAAACACAAUGACCCAUUGUACCUCAUCUUUCUUUCCCCAGUCUCCCUGGCAGGAAAGUGCAGCAAACUUUCCCUCUCCAAGUCUUUCGUUCUCUCCAUCCAUACCACAUCUACCCAGAAAUCGAUUUUCAUUUGAUCUGAACCAGUCAGACUCAGUUGAGGUACCACACAACUUCUUAGCUUCACCAGAACCUGAAGAUGUCUCUCCAGCAAAUGGUGCGUCACCCCAGGGAGAUUUAGACCAGCAGAAGGAUGAAGAGGAAUUCCCCUACAGUUCAUUUCACAAGGAUCCCAACGUGAGUCUGGGCCAAGAAAUGAGAACUGAACUGGAGAUUGAAGAGACACUCCUGAAUGAAGGCGUGGCAAUGAACUGUGGGGGACAAAUAGUGGUGGAAGGCGAUGAUCAGGAGGAAUUUUGGGGAAGAGCCCAAGAGGUACACAAGAGGAAGACCCUUGUUGCCAACCUGCCACUGUCUGCAGCCUCAGCCAGGGAUGACUUGGGGAACACUUCCUCAGAUGAUGAUAUGGAGCACUAUUUUGACUUCUCACGGACAAUAGUCAGCUGUCCUGCUUCAAAAGAUCAUUCCAAGUCUCCCUCCUCCCCUUCCUCCCGGCCCCUGGCUCAGCUGGAUGGUGUUGAUGAUGGUACAGAGAGUGAUGCAAGUAUAGUGACCAAUGAUGAUGCCCAGAAAGUUGAGGGUUCUAGUCAAGCUCAGUUGCAAGCCAAAAGCUUAAAUAAUAAAAGUACCCCUCAAUCAGAAACUGCAAACUGCACACAGGCUGUUCAGAGCCUGUUUCCCAAAGCGUCAUCCAAUGAAAAGCACAGCAAUCCUUCAUCCGUCACCAUCUCAGUUGCCAGCAAAAGUCCUACAGAGAGUUCACAUCAAGAAUCAACAAAAUCCCACAAUCCCAGUCAUUCGAAGGAGGACAACAUGAUAUUUGUUUCUCAACAAAUUGCAGGAAACUCUCCCCUCAAAGAGCAAAGCUCUGGCACUCCUUUAGUAAAUCAGGAGACUGUGCUUCCUACUCCAGUUUGUGAUUCUCUGCCUAACUUACUCACAAAGGUGCCUGAGACCUCCUUUCCUGAGGAGUUAUUCCAGGGUUCCACUUUAGGAUUUGCCUCUGGAACACCUCUUGUGCUUGAGAGAUGUGAAACUAGUGCACAUUUAACUGAGAUGGUUCCUUUGCUAGAAGGCACAGCGCUCGAGGCCCAACAGUCUGAGGCUUGUAAACCCCUGAACUCCGAGCCUGACAGCAACCACUCUGCCGUGUUGAACAACUUAUCAACAAAUUCAAUGGCACAGUCAUUAGCAAACUCUGCUGAUAACAGUCAGGGCGCCUUGCUGGAUCUUCUUCAGCCUCCGCCUGUAAUGUCUGCAGAUGUACAAACCCCCUCUCAAGGCCUUGUAGACUCUCUACAGAUGUAUUCCUGUUUGCCAAGUUUUAACCAGCCUCCUCUAACAAGUAUUACACUUCAGCCGGUAACAUCUUCACAAGAAGCAACAACCUUCCAAUCCAUGGGACCUUUGUCCAGUAAACUAACCACCCUCAGUACUGUUGGAGACAUGACACAAACACUGCUAAACGUUGCCCCUCAAAAUGAUCCAGUGCUGUCAGCUACAUCAGGCAUUUGUCCCCCAGCAGGAACAUGUGCAACUGUCUCUCUUCCUAUCUACUCCACACAAACACAGCCAUUGGGUUCCACAGCUGUCACCAUCGUUUCUUCUUCUGCGUCAAUAUCAUCUCUUUCUGGACUGUCAACACAGUGUUCAGCAGCUCCAACACUGGCCCAAACCACCUCAGCCCCUGUGAUCUUGAACGGUUACAGUUCUUCAUCUGUGCAGAAGGAAGCGACAUCAGGUCACACAAUCUCCAUCAACUUUUCCACACCCAGGCCAGCUUUAGAGCCUCAGCAGCCAGUGGUUCCCCAGGCUUUACCUGGACAUGCUAUUCUUACUGUGAAGGAGGUGGGAGGUCCAAAUGUGGAUCCGACACCACAUGUCCUGCUGGUAAACCGCCUAGGGCAGAUCUUCGUCAAGAACCCAGAAAGCAACACGUUCCAGCUGCCCACUCCCAGCUCGCCCUCCUUUAACUGUGUCACACAGAUUGCCAGCCUUUUGCAAAGCAAUGCACUGUCAGCCACACUAGCAGCAGCUGGUAAUAUGACUGCUCCACCCCCCGGGGCUACUAUUGCAACAGCAGUUCCUGCAUCAGUUACACCCGCAGUUCAGAAUCCAACCACAAUCACACAGCUGCUCACUCACAAUAGCAACGGUGCAGUGGCAUCAGUUAAUGCAAAGAAGCCCAGGAAGAGUGCAAAAACACCAAAAGAUGAAACCAAUCCAGAGAAAAAAUCAAAGAAGAAGAAGGAUUCUAGUGCAACCAAAAAAUCGAAGUCAUCCAAGGCCUCCGGGCAGCCUGCUCCGUCUACCGAAAAUCCUCCCAUGACUCCUGCUGAAAGUGCUCAAGCAAUUAUUAAUCAAGCGAUGGCGAGUAACUACACCCCCAAGUGGAGUGGGCUCCGAAACCUAAGCCCCUCCUCACUGGUUUUGCCACCUGGCUUAUUAAUUGAACCGGAACCUCCAGAGCCUCCACCAGUAACACCAGCACCAGCUCCCGCAGCCCGGCCUCGCACCCACGUCCGCAUGAAGAGAGUGUCUUCACUUUCAGACCGUAUUGUCACAAAGAAAUCUAAAGUUGACUUCCUAAAACCAGAGCCCCUCAGUGAGGAGGAGGAGCGCCGCAGACCUGCUUUCCCAAGCAUCUCCAGCAGAGCCUCAGGAGUCCGCAUCAAGACCCCAACAGUGAAAGGAGUGCUGAACCUAGACCAGUUAAAGGAGGAGCAUAUAAGUGAUUCUGACAGCUCAGGAUCGGAGCCGUUGGAUUACAUGUCUCGGGGCGAACAAGGCAAACAGCAUGCAUGGGAACCAGUGGGACACAGCACCCUGACUGACUGGAAAAAAUACUCUGGCGCUGCUUGUACCUCAGAUGAUGAAUCACCACUGUCUGGUGAGGAUGAGGAAUUUCCCGUUAACAAAGACCAGCCACACUUAAGAUUUGAGAUAACCAGUGAUGAUGGUUUCAGUGCAGAGGCAGACAGUAUUGAAGUGGCUUGGAAAGCAGUGAUAGAUGGGGUGCAGGAGGCGCGAGCUAUUGCAAGGUUGAGACCUCUGACCUUUCAGAGGAUUACCGGUGCCCGUAUGCUCGGUCUGGUUCAUGAUGCAGUGGUGUUCUUGCUGGAGCAACUUCAAGGAGCCCACCGCUGUCAACGCCAUGCCUUCCGCUUCUUCAAACAGUGCACGCAGGAUGAUGACCUCCCUGUUAAUCCCAGUGGUUGCGCACGCUCUGAGCUGUACCUUAGGAAGUCCACAUUUGACAUGUUUAACUUCCUGGCUUCUCAGCAUAGACAACUUCCUGACAUUGGGCCUUACGAUGAUGAGGAAGAUGAGGUUCUUUUGAAGUCCACAAGACGGGCUACUAGUUUGGAGUUGCCCAUGGCCAUGCGCUUCAGACACCUGGAAAGGACGUCCAAGGAGGCUGUAGGCGUGUACAGGUCUGCUAUCCAUGGCCGUGGUCUUUUCUGCAAGAGGAACAUCGAGGCAGGGGAGAUGGUUAUUGAAUACGCAGGCAUCGUCAUCCGCUCAGUGCUCACUGACAAAAGGGAGAAGUACUACGAUGGCAAGGGUAUCGGCUGUUACAUGUUUCGCAUCGAUGACUUUGAUGUGGUGGAUGCAACCAUGCACGGCAACGCAGCGAGAUUCAUCAACCACUCCUGUGAACCUAACUGCUACUCUCGAGUGAUCAAUGUGGAAGGCCGGAAGCAUAUCGUCAUCUUUGCUCUUCGGAAGAUCUACAGGGGGGAGGAGCUCACCUAUGACUACAAGUUCCCUAUUGAAGACGCCAGCAGCAAACUCAACUGUAACUGUGGGGCCCGGCGAUGUCGGCGUUUCCUCAACUGAGACAUCUCUCGUAUGAAAAGGGGAGGAUCCUGUUUACUUGUAAGCCUUAAAUUAAGGUGGAUUGGGCUCGGGGAGGCAGCAGGCUGUCUGCACAGAAGGGGAAUUAGCCACUAUGAGACCGGUCGGGAAUAUUCGGCCGGUGAGAAGUGAUAUGUGGACAUUUUUAUAGAUUGUAGAAGAGGAGCCUUGGAUCUGCGCAGGAAGGUCAAAUCUGGCAAGUUUCUGCUUUUGCCUGUGAAAGAGUUCAGACGUGCAGCUAACACAGCACCAGAACAGUAAAUACUGCGGAGGAAGUGUUUUUGGUUUCCAUUGCUGCAAAACAUUUACCCAGAUGUUAUCUGAAAGGGGGGUUCCUGGAUCAGUAUGGACGACACCAACAGAAUUUCUUUGAAACACACAUCAAGCCUUAUCUGUUUGAAUCAUUGCUGAAAACCUAUAGCUAGGCUCUGAGAGAUUCCUUAUACGUUUUAUUCAUUUCUUGGGGGGGAGGGUACGUCUGUCUGUUGUACACUUGUAAUCAUGAUCGCUCCAUCCUCCAGUGAUGGGAAUAUUAUAGCCCCAUCCAUGCAGUGGUGAAGUCAGUUCUUGAGCCAUACAUUCACCCAAACCUUUGUCUGUUUUACCUGACAUUGAACAUGUUAAUACUUUUUCUUUUUAGAUUCAUUUUUCCUGGGAAUAACAAAACAACCAUGGUGCUAAGCUUUGUAAGGUCUUUAACGUCUUUAGUUGGACAAAGAUGUCCCGCAAAUCAGGAAUAGUUUUGCUGUUUAUUCACCCUGCUGAGACCAUUAAUCUUAAAUUUAUGCACUCAAGCAGUACUCUUAUCUUUAUUGGAGUGUUAAGUGUCUGCUACGUUUCACACUUUAGAUCAUCGGUGUAUGUGUGUCACAUGUUGUCUUCCUGUGUUGACUUAAAAAUAGAUGUUUUCAGUGUCAUAUCCAUAAUGUGUCAUUAAGACGUGUUUUUCUCUCUUGAUGUACAGUGUAUGUAGCAAACACUACCCAAGCCAAAAGUGAAGAGUUGUGGUGAAUAUCAGUUUUUUAAUAUAUAUUUUUAUUACUCUCAUGGCAGAUGCUCAUUACCUAUUGCAAUAAGACGUUGCUGCCCUACAGUUGCACAUAAAUAACCAUCAAACGUAAAAAACUAUUUUCAUCUUUGUGACACCUGCUACAGUUUAUCUCUUAAUCAGGGAGAUUGUGGUAUAAAGCAUUGCCACUGCGUGUGUGUGCAUUCAGUUCCUGCACCAGGCCAAGAACAAGAUGCACAGACUUUGCAGAAGAUGUUGCAGAAAACAGAGAGUCUGAAAUGGAGCUGAGGGAACGCACUCAGCACCUUAAAAUGAUGUUUAAUGUUGUUCUUAGUCGAUGAUCAGUGCCGUCACUGAUGAGGGUAAUCUAAUUCACACACUGUUCAAAUUGGUAGUUCUAUUUAUUCAUGUUUUGAUUUAUAUUUUUAUUGGUAAAAGGUUGUGCUUUGUGUAAACGGUGGCGGUCUAGUGUAUUAGGAGAUCUCCCCCAUUUGUAUCUUUUGUUGUGUUUACAGCUGAUGUCCUUUGUUUCACUAAUUUACUUGAAUUUUCUUUUGGGGCAGUUGUGUCAUGCAUUUAAGCCUUCAUGACAGAAAUUGUUCUAAAGCAGGUAUUUUUAAAGAAUCAUUUUUAUUUUAUCUUUUUGUUAUGGUAGAUUACUGACGGUCUUAGAAUCAGCCACAAGAGUAAAAUGAGCACUGUUUGCCUCCCUAAGUCCAUGAUCAUCUUUUUUUUUCUUUUACCCCUCACCCUUUUCAAACUUCUUAGAGCAAAUGUCCAUUAUGUUUUUGACUUUUUAUCUUAAAUCCCCCUUUCCCUCUUGCAUGUCCAAUCACUGGGAUGGAGCCCAGAUUAACUUGUGUCAAUCACCUAGCUGACAACAAGAGCAGAGUCACUCCCAACUCCUUGCAAGGAUUCUACCUCAGCUGUUUACACAGAUGUUUGGGAAUACUGAUGCAAAAAGAGAGGAUGAUAAUUUAAAGAGAAGCUUGGUUUUAAUGUCCUGCGGAGCUGGUGAGUGUGAGUGUGUCUGCGUGUGUGUAUGUGGGUGCGUCUGUGUCGUUUUGUGUGUGUGUGUGUGUGUGUGUGUGUCUGUGUGUGUGUCUGUGUGUGUGUUUGCAAUGAAGGAUGGAAAGCACUAGUCAAAACCUGAAGUUAUCAUGACCAUCUCUCCCAGAAUCUGUUAAGAAAGCUGUAUGUUAUAUAUA